UUGUGUCACAACUCUUCACUCGAAUACGGAAACUCUUUCAAGGUUAUUCUUCACACAUCAGCUGGUGAUAUCGAGAUCGAGCUAUGGACUAAAGAAUGUCCUCUUGCAUGUCGAAAUUUUAUUCAACUUUGUAUGGAAAAAUACUACGAUGGUACUAUAUUUCAUAGGCUGGUAAAAGAUUAUAUAAUACAAGGAGGUGAUCCCACUGGUACUGGUCAAGGUGGCGAAAGUAUAUAUGGAAAGCCGUUCAAGGAUGAAUUCCACCAGCGUCUCCGAUUUAAUCGUCGUGGACUUGUUGGGAUGGCAAAUGCCGGAAAAGAUGAUAAUGGUAGUCAGUUCUUCUUCACUGUUGGCAACGAUGUUCGUGAGCUUGACAAAAAGCACACAUUGUUUGGAAAGAUUGUUGGAAAUACCGUAUUCAACAUGCUGAAGAUGACUGAAUGCGACGUCGAUGAGAAUGAAAGACCGAGAACUAUACACAAGAUCAGAAACGUCACCAUUCUCACAAAUCCUUUCACGGACAUGAAACCAAGAGAACGUGUGAAAGAGAAAAAGGAAAAGAAACGCGAGAAAAAGCCAGUGGAGACGAAGAAGCUCAACUUGCUCUCUUUUGGAGACGAGGCUGAAGAAGACGAAAUGGAACUGGAUCAAGUGAAUAAGGUGUUGAAUAAGAAAGGGAAAUCGGCUCAUGACGUGCUAUCUGACGAUGCGAAACUUAGCAAGCAAGUAGCUGUUACCGCUGAUGAGAUGGCGGAUUAUGAACCGGAAGAAGAUGCCGAGCGCGAUGCAUCCACGGUGUCGAGUAUACGAGCGAAGUUCGCAGCAAAAAGGAAGAUUGAAGAAGUGGAUGAUGAUGGGAAGGAUGAAGACUUCGAGAAAAUGAUUGACGAUGAACGAAGGAAACAAGAACGCGAAAGAAUGGAAGCUAUGCAAGCUGAACUGAAAGCCAUGCAAAAGGAGCACAUCAAAGCGCUUCGUGGACCGAAACAGAAGACAAAGGAGGAAGGUAUGAGGAGCAAUCAGAUGCUAUGA